CUCGAGUCAGGUAACACUAUGUAAGUUAGGUCGCAAGCAAGUCAACUUUAAAGACUUUGUGUUUAAAUGAGGAUGAAUAGUAUGGAAGAAAAGAGGACCCCUAUAGAGCUGGAGGGAGAAGGGACCAAGCCAGCCAAGCACAAGGAGCUCCAUGGGAAGUCUCCAAGGAGACGGAGAGAGGUGAAAAGGCCUCACCAAAGAUCAAAUGGUCAAGAAUCGGGGAGUCAUCAGAGUUUUGAGCAGCAUGAGGCUUUGGAACAAAGGCAGUCUGUAACAUGUGACGAGAUGACUGAAAACUUGCCAAAAAAAUCGGAUAGAUGCAGGCGAGCUCAUUUUCUGCAUGGACCAUAUCCUACUACACACUUUGGACCCAAAGCCUGCAUUCUCCCAAACCCAACGUCAGUUAUGCACAUCCAGGACCCAGCCAGCCAGCGUCUGAUGUGGAGCAAGCCUCCUGUCAAUGUGCUAGUGAUUAGAAAGAUUCGGGAUGAGGGCCUGCUGGAGCCAUUCAAGGAGCUGUGCAGGUUCCUGGUGAAGGAGAAACAGCUGAUGGUUUAUGUGGAGAAAAAGGUGGUGGAUGAUGGCAGACUUGUGACAGAUGCAACAUUCUGUGACAUCAGAAAGCAGCUGUGCACAUUCAGAGAAGGAUUUGAUGAUAUCUCAAAUUGCAUUGAUCUGAUUAUCUGUCUUGGGGGAGAUGGUACUCUGCUCUAUGCCUCUUCCCUUUUCCAGGACAGUGUUCCUCCAGUCAUGGCUUUCCAUCUGGGCUCACUUGGCUUCCUUACACCCUUUAAGUUCGAAUCCUAUAAGUCUGAGGUGGAAAAAGUGUUUGAAGGCAAUGCAGCCAUUGUUCUGCGCAGUCGUCUGAAAGUAAAGGUAGUGAAGGGUUUAUUUCAGAGAAGCAAACAGCUCUCUGGACCUGAGGAAAAUGGCACCAUCCCUCACCAGCACCUCAGUCCAGAUGCAGGCAAAAUAACACUGCAGCUACAGGUGCUGAAUGAGGUGGUAGUUGACCGGGGACCCUCUUCUUACUUGUCAAAUGUUGACCUAUAUCUUGAUGGCCGUCUUAUCACCUCUGUCCAAGGAGAUGGUGUGAUUGUUUCAACACCCACAGGCAGCACUGCAUAUGCGGCAGCAGCUGGAGCCUCUAUGAUCCACCCUAAUGUUCCAGCCAUCAUGGUGACCCCCAUCUGCCCUCACUCUCUCUCCUUCAGACCCAUUGUGGUGCCGGCAGGAGUGGAGCUGAUGAUAAUGCUGUCAUCUGAUGCCCGUAACACAGCCUGGAUCUCCUUUGAUGGCAGAAAGAGACAGGAGAUCCAGCAUGGAGAUAGUAUUAAGAUCACAACCUCCUGCUAUCCUGUGCCCUCUCUUUGCUGCCAUGACCUGGUGUAUGACUGGUUUGACAGCCUGGCCCAGUGUUUACAUUGGAAUAUCCGCAAGAAACAAACACAACUCACUGACACUUCCAACUCUUCAGACACAGAGAACUGAUGUUCACCUUUCAAGGGGUGGAAUAUAUUAGCAGCAAUUGAACAGUCAGUUCUUGAAGUUGAGACGUUGGACGUAGGUAAAAUGUGCCAGUGUAUAGAUCUGAGUGACUUUGACAAGAGCCAAACUGAGAUGGCAACUGGGUCAGAGUAUCUCCAAAAUGGCAGCUCCAGCUCUUCCCGAGUGAUCAUCUCAAAGUCGUUCCCAUUACUGUGCUGAGAGCCCUCAUCCUCUCUACGGUCACUGUCCG